AUGAACAUUAAAAAAGUGUUUAACAAAGACAUUGGCGAAUCACCAAGACCAAGAGAAAAAGAAAAUGAAAAUGAGACAGGUGAAAAAGAGUUUGAACAUCAGUUAGAAGCAGAAAAAGGUGAAGAAGAUGCUACAACAGAAAGAGAAUAUGAUAAUCCAAACUUUGAAGAUAAAAUGCCAAACACACCAAAUAUGGAGGCUGGCCAAAAAGAUUAUCUUACCAAUGAAUCUCAAGGAGAAGGGAAAUAA